AUGACAUCUUCAGAGGGUCCAGGUAUCCCCGCUAUCAAAACUCCGCCAGUCAAGCUGCGAGGAAGCUGUCACGCAUGUGCCCUGUCCAAAUUGAAGUGCAGUCAAGAUAAACCUACUUGCUCACGAUGCGUCAAAAGAGGUACAGCAUGUCAGUAUCUCGCCAGCAAGCGCGCAGGUCGCAAACAAGGCAGUAAAACAGGCAGCUUCAAGUCAUUCUACAAUAUGAAGACAGACUAUUCCACGUCUAUCAACAAAGAUGAUGAUCGGAGGGAGCUCAUGGAGGUGUCGACAGAGCUCAUGCAAUACGCUCUUCAGCAGGACCGAAGCCUCGAAGUAUACCGAAGAAAUCAAUAUCACCAGCGCACACCAAGCUAUCCAGAGAGUAUACCAAGUCUUCUCUCAUCAACCGGCCCCGGAACCUCAGCUACAAGCCCUCUUACCUUGGGGCCCCCUGACUACGACGGUUAUCUUGCUUCGCCUAUAUCUCUAUCGCUUCUCGAUGUGCCUGACAUGGAUUACUUCCCUGGAGCUGAUAUGAGCGCGAAUGUCAUGGAUGGUUUUCCUGAUCCUCCGUCAUUCUUCCCAUCUGGAGAACCGAUACCAACGCUCCAAGAGAAUAUCUUGAAGACCAGUUUCGCGGAUUCUCCCGUUCCGGCAAAUUCGCCUUCAGUUCCUCCUACACCAGAUGUAACCAGUGUUGGGACACCACGGCAAUGUUUCUGUUUCCCACGUGCACUGACACUGCUGCGCGAACUCUUUCCAAACCCUUCACUAUCAUGCGUGACUCCCUCAAGUGAAAGUGGCAGUGCAAGUCCUCCUACAGUUCAACAAGUCAUCACUAAAAAUGAGCAGACUUUACGAGAUAUUACUGAGAUCAUAGAGUGCUCCUGCUCGGAAGACGGCUACACCAUCACAAUCAUAACUCUUGCUGCCUUCAAAGUACUAGCCUGGUAUAGCGCCGUAGCGCAUAUCUCCCCUAUAUCUGAAGACAGCCAAGCAUUAGAAGAGAUCGACAGGACACCGGCUGUUGUCAGGGGCUACAAUAUCGAUGGUGAAGAUCAAGGCCGCAUGGCCGCACAGCUAGUUCUCAGCGAACUGCAUCGCGUUCAACGAUUAGUGGGCAAUCUCUAUCAGCGACUGAAAGACCAAGUCUCAGGCGGGAAGCCUGCUAGGUUGAGUACCACUGGGGUCAAUGACAGCAAUCAUUACUCUCUCCCUUUUCAUCUGCUGGAAAGGCUGGCGGUUGAUCUCGGAGCUCAACUUCGGAGCCUGUCAAGUGAGAUUGUCGACCGAUUGCGGAGGGGUUGA